ACAUCGUUUCAUGUAAAAAUGUCGGUAGUUAGGGUUGUUUGAACUGUAUAGAAGUGCUUUGUAUUAUUUGUAUGACUUUGAAACGAUUUCCUCGAUUUUGAAAAAGAACUUGCGUAUUGUAGGCUAAUGUUUCCUUCCUGUCUCAGCUUGUGGUCGAAAACCUCAUGCACUAAAAACUUGCAGAUCUUGUGGGUUUUGUAUUGUUUGUUUGUCUGUUUGUUUUUUGUUUCCCGGAAGUGGUCAAAUCGUUAUAUCAUCAUAAUCAUGAAAAUGUAGCCAUAUUGUGAGAGAUCUUAUGGCUUGGAAGAACUUGGUGGUUUUACAGCCUACUCAAAACAUCAAUGAUUACUUUAAAGAAAUCUCACAAAGAGAUGAAAGAAAAUCUACAAACCGUACACUGUCAAAUUCAUGAAAAUGAACAUAUGUUGAAGUGAAUGACCUCUCAAAUGUAUCUAGCACAUGGCCUACAGGUUCUGAAUCAGAUAGUGGUGUGUUAACACAGAAUGACAGGCUAAUGGUAAACAAACAACAGCUUUUCAAUAACAACAGCCGUUAAGUUUUUCUCCAAUGGCCAUUGGGUUGAGUUAUCAAAGCAAAACUGGCAUGCACUUGCUGUUCCUAGGUGCAACUGGUGGUGAGAUUAGCCUGUUAUCGUGUUUGGUCAUGUUUCUGUGACGGAGUAGAUACUCACCGAACUGAAAGAGCACUCUUCCUGGCCGUGCCAUACACACCCAUCAUGGCAAAAUCGUUUAGCUGUACACUUACUGGUCAGCUGCCUUGUCUGUAAGAAAUGCCGGGAGGGAAACACAAAUAGCAACAUGGCUGCUAAAUAUGUCCCUGCAGAGGAGUUGAAGAAGGUGUCAGGUGAUGGGGCUGCCCCAGCAUGGCUCAGAGAAGCAGCCCCUCUCUUUGGACCCCCCUGCCUCAGGACUCUCCUGCCCCUUGCAACCGCUUCAGGCACGCCUGCUGCUCCCACAAGGGGGACGUCUACCUGCUGGGCGGCCGCGAGAACAUGACGCUCAGAGACUUCUGGAAGUACAGCGUGGUGUGUAAUGAAUGGACCGAACUGGACUGCAGCAGUGAGUGGGCUCCUGAAGAACUGGAGGGACACACCAUGGUGUCACAUCAGGGGAUUCUGUAUGCGUUUGGAGGACUUACAGACUCUGCCUACAAUGACUGGAAGAUACCUCUGUGGCUGUUUGACACAGAGAAAGAGAAGUGGAGGUAUUCCCAAGGCCAGACUGGACAGCCAGUGCCAGUGAACAGGAAGGGGCACACCACAGUGGUCUUGGGCUCGGCCAUGUACAUCUAUGGGGGAUACAUCGACAUGAGGGGGGCCUCGCAGGAGUUCUGGAAAUAUGACUUUGACACCGGCGUGUGGGCCCUGUUGAGUGGUGUCCAGGCAGAGCAGGGUCCCGGCCCCAGAUACGGCCAUGCUGCCACGGCCCACCCGCAGGGCAUGUACCUGUACGGGGGCCUGAGCGGACUCAGGGAGCAGAGAGACCUCUGGAGAUGGAGCCAGGCCAACCACACGUGGACCUACAUCAAAACAUAUUCCGGACCACCCAGACUGGUGGGCCACUCGAUGGUGCUGUACCAGAACAGCCUGCUCCUCUUCGGGGGAUGCGAGUCGCACAACUGCCCUCUGAAUGACCUUUGGAGGCUCGACCUGACCGCGCACCGCUGGGAGAAAGUGGCCGCCAUCAAGGGCUCCAACCCGCCCGGCAAAUUCCACCACUGUGCCGUGGGGCUGGGCCGGGGAUUCCAGCCCUCCGGCACGGGGCUCACCGACAGUCCCACGGGUAGCCCCACCAUCAGCAAGUUCCGGCCCUUCAAAAACAAGCUGUCGCCAUCGCCCCACCAGUGGCUGGAGGGCGCCAUCGAGCUGCAGACACUCCAGCCGGAGAAGAGAGGGCUGAGGGACGACGAGGAGGAGGACCCGAAGGAGGACCGGGAGAGGAGGACCUGCCUCGUGUUCGAGAACCAGGACGCCUUCCAGAAGACCUGGGACUUCGAAGACGUGUCGGACUGCUCGGAGGAGAGCAUAGAGCAGCACUUGCCCGAGGCUCUUCUGGUGAUAGGGGGGAAACCACUAGUGGGGCAGGCAUCCCUCUCCGUCUGGCAGAUGACCCUUUGAUACAGAGAGACAAGCAGAGGUCAUUCCACACAGCACGAUUUAUUAACAUUAAGAUAUAUAUUUUUUCAAAUUAAGUUUAUUAUUUUCUCUGUGAGAAAAAUCUGAAAGAAAUGACCCUUCUUGACUGGGUGUUUAUGAUGCACUGGAAAAAAAAAAUUCUAAGCGUGGCCAGUGUGGUGUGGCCCCAUAGGAAACUGGGGGACUUCGCACCGGUCUCAGGUUUACAGUAUUUCUCAGACUGCGUAAAUAUAAUAAAUGAAUCUCCAAUGCACAGUUUAUAUGUAUGCUUUUAACCACCCUGUUUUAAAGAUGCGAUAGGCAGCAUUGUCUUUACGGAAACCAAUAAGACGCCACGAUGUAACCAAUGUUUUUGACCAGGAACAGCAAUCAUAAUUCACUUCAUUUGGAUGGUCCCCUAUAGACUAUCUACAAAUGGCAAUGGGAAUUGUUCAACAAUUACAAAAGACUUGAAUUUCAACAAACAAUCUGUAAAGUCUCUGUAGAUUCCAAAUAAAGUGUUACCGAUUUUUUUAUUUUAUUCCCAUGGAUAUAUAUUGCAUGUUACAAGUUGCCGGAAGGGUUUUUUUCUAUUAAAAAGAACAAAGAACAAGUCCCACAAAUAAAGUGACUCGGAGAAGCAGCUCUUCCCUGAGGCUCUCCUGGUAUCCAACUGCUACAGCCGCGCCUGCCUGCUGCUCCCACAAGGGGGCGUCUACCUGCUGUGCGGACACAACAGGAGCACAUCUCCUACUCUUGGGCAUUUGCUAAUGCAGAAUACACAGAAUUCAUUGAAACCUUCAUAUAUAUAUACUCCAGCUGUUCCAAAAAUCCUGCGCACUAUGUGGGUGAGUGUGUGUGUGUGUGUGUGUGUGUGUGUGUGUGUUUGCACUUGUUAGCCCUGCUGCUUAUUCCAGCUUUAAGUCUGCUUGUUUACAUCCAAUGACAUUUCCCUGCCUCACGUAAUGGUCAAUUUCAGCUUCUCAUUGGAUGCACUGUGAAAGGAUGUCUGUAUCUGAAUUUGAAUGUCUGUAUUUCGAGAUGAAAUCUUCAUCCAGCAAAAGAAUGACUGUUUAUGCUUGCGGGUUACUCCUCAUAUUGUUGCUAUUAUCAUUUUAUCGCCCAAUUUUAGUCAUUUAGUCACAGUAAAAUGUCUGUUUUUAACCACAUAAUGUCAGUUAUCAGUAUUAACCUAUCACUGUUGUAAAUUCGUUGCAAUGCAUAAAUUCCCUGAAUCAAUCUGUUUUUAUUUGUUUUUCGAUCUUUAACCAGCUAAUAUGCACAUUUUGAAACAUACAUACAAGGAAAGGACCAGGAAGAAGGGUUGACUUGUUGUUUACCUUUUUUUAAAUAAAUGUAAAUAAAUAAAUAAUGUAAUAAAUAAUGUAAUGAAA